CUGACAUCCCGAACGGAGGGGAAAACCCAGGAUGCCUCUCUGUUACCCUUUAGCCUCUUGGUUGGCGGGGAGGGCUGGGGGCAGAGCCUUGGAACAGCGGCCAACACGGACCUGGCACCUGCUCUCCCAGCGUCACCGCGGGAUUUGUCUAGCGACUUCCCUAGCAGGGGUGUGUUAGGGGGAGUCCUCUUUCCGACUGUCGAAAUGGUUAUCAAAGUGUUUGUUGCCACAUCUUCUGGGUCCAUAGCGAUUAGGAAGAAACAGCAAGAAGUGGUGGGCUUUUUGGAAGCCAAUAAAAUAGACUUUAAGGAACUGGACAUCGCCGGGGAUGAAGACAACAGGAAGUGGAUGAGAGAGAAUGUGCCCGGGGAGAAGAAGCCUCAGAAUGGUAUUCCUUUGCCGCCUCAGAUCUUCAAUGAAGAGCAGUAUUGUGGGGAUUUCGACUCUUUCUUCUCUGCAAAAGAAGAAAAUAUUAUUUAUUCAUUCCUUGGUUUGGCUCCCCCUCCAGGGUCAAAGGUGACAAAGCCCGAGGAAGCUUCUUCCCUUCCCAAUGGAGAUGUGGCAGGAGAGGCAGAAGGUGCUGCAGAGGGAACAGAGAAGGCCGAGGAAAGUGGAGAAAAUGAGGCACAGAAAGAGGACAGCGAAGACACUGCUGACCUUUCUGAAUCCCAAGAGAAGAAUGAAGAAGAGGGAGAAGAGGGAGCGAGAACAACAGAAGAGACAGAAGAGGUGAAAGAGGAAGGAGCGGAGGGAGAGGCCGAGGAAGAGGAAGCCGAGGAAGAAGCAGGAGAAGGGGAAGACUCUUAGGCCUUUCAGGCCGGUUCAUCAACUAUCCCAGGAUAUCUGAGCCAUGAGGCCACAUUUCAACUCUCUCCACUAAGUUGGUAAAAUCUUCACCGAGGACUUGUGCCCUGCGAUGCAGCUGGGUGUGUUUGGGUUUCCCACUGCACUGUAUCACCGUGAGCUGAAUGUGAGGACUGCACGCAUACUGUGCCUACCACUCUUGGUCUUUGCUUAGUUUUUGUUUCUUUUGCUGCACACAAGUAGACCUUCUGUUAAUACUCUGCUAACAGGAUCUUACUGUGAUGCAGCAGGAGUGUUUCCCCGUGUGCUGCUUGUUUAAGGCUUGGCUUUCAAAAUGAAACACUUCCCGGAGAGCAAUCGUAAAUAAAGAUUGAUAGCAAGAA